CUCGGGGGCCGGGGCCAAAGUGAGCGCAAAGUGCUGCCCAAGUUGCCGGGAUGGAGCUGCAGAGCCGGCCGGAGGCGCUUGCGGUGGAACUCGCGCGCCACCAGAACGGCGACCUCAAGAAGCAGCUCCACGAGAGGCAGCCGCGGAUUCCUGCGUUCAGCGACAAACAAGCUUUGGGAUCCAUCACUGCAGUGCCUGUCACGGGUCCUCAGGUCAGCUCCUUGCAGAGGCUGGCCGGGCAAGGAGCGGCAGUGCUACCUCAGGUUAGGCCAAAGACUCUGAUUCCAGACAGCCUCCCCGUCACCCCGGGCCGGGACCGGCCGCCCAAGCAGCCCCCAGCACUGCAGAAGGCCACCGUGGUCCGCGUGAAGAACCCCAGCCCAGCCCUCCCCACCGCCAACAACACCGUGAGCCAUGUGCCGGCGCCCGGCAGCCAGCCCCAGACGCUCACCGAGCCGGCCGCCGUCGCCUCCCCUCUGAGCAGCGCCGGCGUGGCCUACGCCAUCGUCUCCACCGCCCCCAGCCAUGCGGCCACCAUCGCCCCCAGCAGCGCCGUGUCCGUGGUCGGCGACAGCGUCAAGGUCCAGCCCCUCCUCAUCAGCGCCGACAACAAGGUCAUCAUCAUCCAGCCUCAAGUGCAGACGCAGCCCGAGAGCUCGGCGCGUUCGCGGUCGCCCACGCAGGAGCUGUGUCAGGGAGCUCAGGCCGUCAAAAAGAAGGAAGACCAGCCCCCGAGCCAGGAGAACCCCGAGAAAAUCGCCUUCAUGGUAGCACUAGGCCUGGUCACCACGGAGCACUUGGAAGAGAUCCAGAGCAAACGCCAGGAGCGGAAGCGGAGAAGCACAGCCAACCCCGCCUACAGUGGCCUCCUGGAGACGGAGAGGAAGCGGCUGGCGUCCAACUAUCUCAACAGCCCCCUGUUUCUCACAGCGCGAGCCAAUGAGGACCCCUGCUGGAAGCACGAGAUCGCCCACGAUGAGCACUGCACCGCCUGCAAGCGCGGUGCCCACCUGCAGCCCUGUGGCGCCUGCCCCGGGGCCUACCACCUGGGCUGCCUGGACCCGCCCCUCAAGACAGCCCCCAAGGGCGUGUGGCUGUGCCCCAAGUGCCAGCAGAAGGCCUUAAAGAAAGACGAAGGUGUGCCCUGGACCGGGAUGCUGGCCAUCGUGCACUCCUACGUCACCCACAAGACAGUCAAAGAAGAGGAGAAGCAGAAGCUGCUGCAGAGAGGCAGCGAGCUGCAGAGCGAGCACCGGCAGCUGGAGGAGCGGGACCGGCGCCUGGCCUCGGCGGUGAAGAAAUGCCUGGAGCUUAAGACGAGCCUGUUGGCCCGGCAGAGGGGCACCCAGUCGUCCCUGGACCGUCUGCGGGCCCUCCUGAGACUGAUACAGGGUGAACAGAUGCUCCAGGUCACCAUGACGACCACCAGCGCCGCCCCGCUGCUGGCGGGGCCCUGGACCAAGCCCUCAGCAGCAGCCGUGCACUCUGCCCUCCAGCACCCCCAGGGGCACAACUGA